GCGGAGGUGUCAGAAGGGCUGCGGGAAGGGCUGACGCUGACAGCGAAAGGACAUUCUGCUCCAGGAAGAGCCGCUGACAAUGGAGCCCGUCUCCUUCAGCCCACCUCGUCCCCAGCCCUUGCCGACCCCCAGGACAAGGCGCUUUCUCCGCUCCAGGUGAUGCCAAAGCCACGGAGGAGACCAUGGCCAGGCGCGGUGCUGGGACACCCUUCCUGCGGCAGCUCUCCCUGCUCCUGCUGCUCCACCUGGGCGGGACACUGGGCUGCGCCUCGGUGACUGUGAGCCCCCCCAUUGUGCCCCUGGGCUCGGCUGUCACGGCAUCCUGCACCGUCCAGAGGGAGCUCUGCCAGGGCUUGGAGCAGGGCAGGGUCCGGAUCAGCUGGAUGCUGGACAACAAGCCUGUGGCUGGGAGCCAGCGCCAGGGCCCGGGGGGCACAGAGGUGUCCAACCUCACCCUGCCCCGCUUCAACCACACCCAGGCCAGGCUGUUCUGCUGUGUGGAGUGGAAUGGGACCAAGCAGCGUGUUGGCAUGGCCGAGAUCAGGGCAGGCUAUCCUCCUGCAAAGCCCCUCAACCUCAGCUGUGUCCUGAACCUCGAUGACUACGGGCUGACGUGCCAAUGGCAGCAGGGAACCAACAGCCACCUCCCCACCAGCUUCGUGCUGAAAUGCAUGGGGAGCAGAGCCCAGGCAGUGACAGGCUGCACCCCACGAGGAGGGCACAGCCACUGCACGGUGCCACGCCGGCUGCUGCAGCUGUACCGGCAGAUGGAGAUCUGGGUGUCUGCCACCAACGCCCUGGGCACCGCCGAGUCUGAGCACCUCCUCAUCGACCCCAUGGACGUGGCCAAGCUGGACCCCCCAACCCUGCAGAGCAUCCAGUCCAUCCCCUUCCAGACCGACUGCAUUCCGCUGUCCGGGCUCCGGGCAGUGCCCGGGGAUGAGCGCAGCCUCUGGGUGCACUGGGAGGCUCCGCUGGCCCCAGUGACCGCCUAUGUCCUGGAGUGGCAGCGGGUGGCAGCAGAGCCUGGGCACUGCAGCGGGUGCUGGCAGAUGGAGCGUGAUGGGGCAGCCACCACAGCCCUUAUCCAGGAUGGCAUCGAACCUUUCCAGCGCUACAACAUCUCCGUGUACCCCCUCUACGAGGGCACUGUCGGGGUGCCCGUCCACACCACAGCCUACUCCCAGCAGAAAGCACCAUCCCACGCCCCCAAGCUUCACCUGAAGAGGAUCAGCAAGUCAGAGGCCGAGCUGUGCUGGGAGCCACUGCCAGUGGAGGUGCAGAACGGCUUCAUCACCAGCUACACCAUCUUCUGGGCCAGCAGCAUCACCAGCAUGGCCAGUGCCACCGUGAACCCUUCCCUCAGCUCCUUUGCCAUCCGGGGGCUGAAGCCAUCAACCCUGUACAAGGUGCACAUCAUGGCAUCCACGGCUGCCGGCAGCACCAACGGCACCAGCCUGAUCCUGGUGACCACAGUGCUGGAUGACAGCGAGCUCCAGUUCCUCUUCCUGAGCCUGGGGCUGGUCUUUGUCGGGCUCAUGGUGUUGCUCAUCUGCUUCCAGAAGAACGAGCGGAUGAAGGAGCAGCUCUGGCCCAGUGUCCCCGACCCUGCCAACAGCAGCCUGGGCAAGUGGGUGCCAGCAGCGCUGCCGCAGGUGAGACCCUUUGCUGCUCCCUCGGUGCCCACCAAGCACAUGGUGUUCCAGGAGAAGCAGAAGCUGCAAGCAGCUGAGAGACUGAAGAAGAGGAGAGAGUGGCAGGCGAGAGCAAGAGCUGCACGGGAACAGCAGAAGCAGGUGCAGGAGAAGCAGGCACAGGAGGGGACACCUGUGUAG